AAGAAGAAGAAGAAGAAGAAGAAGAAGAAGAAGCAGAAGACUGUGACCAUGUUAUUUUGUUCAAAGUAAAUUUCUACAACGAAGAGUUUGCCGUCCUGUCUUACGAUCAUGAAGCUGCGGGUCCAGCUGCAGUGUAAGAACCUCCAUGAAUACUUAAGAGAACUGAAUCCUGAGAUACUGGACAGACUGUAUAACCACCCAGCAACAUGUCUGGCUGUCUACAGGGAGCUUCCCUCACUUGCUAAGAACUAUGUGAUGCGCAUGUUGUUCCUGGACCAGCCUCUCCCCCAGGCAGCUGUGGCACUUUGGGUACAAAAAACUAGUCAGAGGGAUCAUGAUGACUGUGUUUCAGUGCUGACUGGUCUUCGCCUUUGGCACAGUCAGCACCUUCAAGGUGGGCUUCAAGGAUACAUUUUAAAUCCAGUGUUCAAAGAAAACCUGGGAACAGCAUUGCUUGGAGGAGGUGCACAGUGGGCAGACGAGGGGAGCAGCCUGGGGCCUGAUCGCCAUGCACGCGACGUUGAGAGCCUGGACCGCUAUGCUAUGGAACGCUGGGAAGUGAUCCUGCAGUUCAUGGUGGGUUCACCUAGUGCUGUUAGUCAAGACCUGGCUCAGCUCUUGAUUCAAGCCGGCCUCAUGAGAAGUGAGGCAGGGGAAGCACCGUACAUCACUUCCGCUGGUUUCCAGUUCCUCCUUCUGGACACAGCCUCUCAGCUUUGGUAUUUCACGUUGCAGUACCUCAAAACUGCUCAGUCUAGAGGGAUGGAUCUUGUGGAGAUCUUAUCCUUCUUGUUCCAGCUCAGUUUUUCUACUUUGGGGCGAGAUUACUCAGUGGAGGGCAUGAGUGAGUCAUUGCUAACUUUCCUGCAGCACCUUCGGGAGUUUGGACUGGUGUUUCAGAGGAAGAGGAAGUCCCGGCGGUACUAUCCCACCAGACUGGCAAUUACUUUGGCUGCUGGAGUAACUACCAGCUCUGCCUCUACCUCCUCCACCAACAUUACUUCCGUUCCUGGAACUAAAGAUGCUGGCUUCAUUGUUGUGGAAACCAAUUAUCGUCUCUACGCCUACACAGAUUCAGAACUUCAGAUUGCCCUGGUGGCUCUUUUCAGUGAAAUGUUGUAUCGCUUUCCCAACGUGGUGGUCGCUCAGCUUACCAGAGAAUCCGUCCAGCAGGCCAUCGCCAAUGGAAUUACCGCUCAGCAGAUCAUCCACUUUCUAAGGACCAGAGCUCACCCUGUCCUGCUCACACAGACCCCAGCGCUGCCUCCAACUAUAACAGACCAGAUCAGACUGUGGGAGCUUGAGAGAGAUCGGCUGCAAUUCACAGAGGGAGUGCUCUACAAUCAGUUCCUGUCACAAGCAGACUUUGAGGUGCUGCGAGACAGAGCUCAGGGUUUGGGCUGUCUGGUGUGGCAGGAUGUGGCUCACAGGGUGAUGGUGGUGACAUCCCAAGGACACAGCGAGGUCAAGAGGUUCUGGAAACGACAGAGGUCUCACAUAUAGCCAGAGGAAGCUGCUCAUGGAGCAUUUGUUUACUACUGAUGCUGAUAAAGACAGUGUGUCACAGGACCUUGCUGUUCAAAGCCUGAAGAUCUACAACAUCAAAGCUAACACGUCAGAGGAUCCAGACAUCGGUAUCGUGGUGGACGGCGUGAAAAUUCUAACUGCUCUGGGUAACUUUCCAAGGGCUUGCUCCCUGCUCGUUGGGUUGGUGUAUGCUAUGAGUCUUGCCUAUCCAAAGGAGCUCAGAUACACGUUUGAAGUGUUUCAGAAACUUCUCCUCGGCCUGGAUAGUUCAAAGCUCUCCACAAAAGUGAACAGCCUCAGGAAUAAACUACUGGCUUAAGAAAACGGACCCUUGCUAAACAAAAGGGAAUAGACAAGUCACUGUCAAAACCAACACGCAAAACUUUGUGAAAUGCUCUGUGAAGUUAGUUAAAAUUUGGGUAAUUUUCAGUUCAGUGGAUUUCUGCAUGUGUUUUUUUUCUUGCAGUACAUUACAGUUAACUACCCUUUCUGACCCCUUGUUCUCAUAUGUGCGGCCUGUUAUAUGGCUUUGGAUCUGUUCAGGUCUGUCACAUGUAGGCCUGUCGCGAUAAACGAUAAGUCAAUUAAUCGCACAAUAAAUUAAAACUAUCGACCUCA